AUGAACCCGGAAUAUGACUACUUGUUUAAGCUGCUGCUGAUUGGUGACUCUGGCGUUGGUAAAUCGUGUCUACUGCUUCGUUUUGCUGAUGAUACGUACACUGAGAGUUAUAUCUCGACCAUUGGUGUGGACUUUAAAAUCCGUACUAUUGAGCUCGACGGCAAGACCAUCAAGCUCCAGAUUUGGGACACAGCUGGCCAGGAACGUUUCCGUACGAUCACUAGCAGUUACUACCGCGGUGCCCACGGUAUUAUCGUAGUGUACGAUGUGACCGACCAGGAGUCAUUUAACAAUGUCAAACAGUGGCUGCACGAGAUUGAUAGAUACGCUUGCGAGAACGUAAACAAGUUGCUAGUAGGCAACAAGAGCGAUCUAACGGCCAAGCGUGUGGUGAGCACGGAUGCCGCGAAGGAGUUUGCUGAGAGCCUGGGCAUUGAGUUCCUCGAGACCAGUGCGAAGAACGCAGCCAACGUUGAAAAGGCCUUCAUGAUGAUGGCUGCCCAGAUCAAGAAACGUAUGGCCAACGCUCCGGUGGCGCCCAAGGCUGGCGUUAAGCUGACGCCCGGCCAACAGGUUCCUUCCAACGGCGGUUCGAAGUGCUGUUAA